UUUUCGUUAGUGCCUUACGCUGCAGCAUAUGCCCUUAUCGUGAAUUAGCAAAAUGUGAUGUUGCAGUGAGACGAUUACGCCGAAAUGGAUUGAUGAAUCGCGAUUAUGUGUAGUCCCUGACCCUGGAGAGGUAUUCGUCUCGUGGUGCCAAUAUCGCGCACGACGGAAAACACAAUAAAAAAGAAAAAGCAAAGGAAAAGCAGAAAAAGGAAAAGCGAAAAACAUGAUUCUGCUAAAAACAGCAUUUGUCAUAUUGUCAGCGCUGAUGGCGUCGGGUCUGAAACUACGGGCAGCCAACCCUGAAGCCUUCAUGCAUCCGAUUUUGAUGAUUAAAUCAUACGGGUAUCCAGCGGAGUUACACCGGGUUGUAACGGCAGAUGGCUAUGUGCUUGAAAUCCAUCGAAUACCCGGCAGGAGAGGUAGUGUUUCGGUUCCAGUUGUUAUCCAACAUGGACUCUUCUCCUCAACUGCGGACUUUUUGUCCAAUCGACCUCCGAGAAACCUGCCAUGCCUCCUGUGGGAUCAUGAUUAUGAUGUUUGGCUAUCGAACACCCGUGGCAACAUGUACGCGCGAUCACACAUCAAAUAUAAGCUGGAUGACCCACGCUUCUGGGACUUUUAUGUUGACGAUUUCGCCCGAUUCGACCUACCCGCUGUAAUCUCAUACGUGCAACGCAAAACAGGUUAUACCCGUAUUCACUAUAUUGGCCACUCACAAGGCACUCAAUCGAUGUUUGCAUUGUUGUCAACUCGACCCGCAUUUGCGCAAAAUCUCCGCAUGUUCUCUGCCAUGGCCCCAGUGGCUUCAAUAGCUCACGUGACAUCACCGCUUACGAAAAGUAUUCCGUUCUUCUCACUGGUGAAAGCUUUACAUCCUAAUGGCCGCGUUCGGACGACAAGACUUAAUAAAUAUGGGACUUUGUGCCAGAUCAGCAGACGGUCCCAGCGAGUAUGUGCAUAUGUUACCGACAUAAUUUAUGGGCCAAACAGGAAAUCACAGGAUCGGCAACGGUCGGACGUCUACUACUCACAUUUUCCGCAAGACGUUUCAAUAAAGAACUCCGAACAUUUGAAGCAGCUGAAUUCGCGGGUCGGCUUUCGUAUGUUUGACUAUGGACCUGAAAUAAACCUUCGCAAAUAUGGAACGGCUGUGCCGCCGAGCUAUCCUUUGUCAAGGAUACGCAACGUGCGCAUAUCCCUCUAUUUCGCCCAAAACGAUAAUCUUGUUGAGAAACGUGACGCGGAUUUUCUUCUCAAAAGCCUUCAACCCAGCGUUUUAUACGAUGUGUACACGAUACCAAAAGAUCCACAAUUUACGCACAACGAUUUCCAGUGGGGUACGCGAAGUCUCGAAUACGUCUGGGGUAGAAUGAUCAAAAACAUGGAAAACGUGGAUCAGCUGGAAAGCAUGGAUUAUGUCUAUGGUCGACAUAGGUAUCAUGUCUGAGCAUAAAAGAAAUAGGGAAGGAAGAACGUCGUUUUUGUACACACAAUUUGACGGUUAACUAGAGUUUAUUAUGGAAUCGUUUGCGCGCUUUUAAAACUGUCGGCCUACAUAGUGAUUUAUAUUUAAGUGUAGUGAUUGAAACGGUUAGGCUGAAUCUAGGCAAAACGAGUACUUCGGCCUGAGGGGAGUUUGCGUUGUCCAUGAUACCGCCUAUAAAAUUAAUAUUUACACAUGUAUUUUAUGAUAAAAAGUGUCUAGCAUGAGUAGUAUGAUAUAGUGAAAUACUAUGGUAUAUACAGAAGAAAAAAGUAAAGACACGAUAUGUUAGCCAGCCAGUCGACGGUGACACUUAAAUCGUCUUUCAAAGACAACCAGCAUAUACUUAGUCGUCGUAAUUUUUUCGCGCAGAACUUCUCUACUUCCAGGCGAUAGCUAAUUUGUGUCAUAAGUUAUAAGAGGCUAGGUCUACGCGGCUAUUAUUGCAACAUACGACGUCAACGUUAGCAGAUCGUUGGCAUAAAUAUAUGAACGAAAUUUUAUUGUGAGUUACGAGGUAAAAAAAUUACAGCCCUGUUAAUGUUUUUUCGAAUAUAUGAAUGGAUCCUUAUAAACUGACUGGUUUGGAGGUGCAUAAACAGGCAUAAUUUAAUAUUGCAGCCUGGAAUGGAGCUUUCUGAAUUGACACACAGGUAUGAGGCAGGACAUAUCAUGCAUAGCGCUGGUCAUCAAUCAAUACAAUCCCGAAUAUACAACGUCAUUGGAACACAAACUUAUCGGGUUACGGAUAGAAAGCAUCAAAGAAUGCUAAAAUUUCUUCAAUGACCUUGGAUAAACUAAAUGACUCCGAUGGAAAAGAAUUUAAUAUUUGUAAACAUUACUUUAAAAAUCCACAAUUGUAAAAUUUAGGUUAGAAACCGAUGUUUUUGCUUUUUCUAUCAUUAGUCAUCUAUCAUUAAUACAUAGACAGAAAAUACUCUCUGUUCGUUUUUCGUAAAGCAGCUUCAAACUAACGAUUAAAAUAUCCUCUUUUUUACGCUAAUAACACUGAUAAAAGAUCUGGAAAUGAACGUCUACCAAUGGACUGCUACAUUGAAGCAAUCUAGUUAACAGGCCUGAAGUCAGUCUCAAGUUGAUUUUAAUAAAAAUUUCCUACCAACAUUAUUUUAUUCAACGCCAUACUUUCAGUUGCUGUGAAUCGACCAGUGCAAGAAAACAAACGACACUUCCAUGUGGUUGUUUUGUCAUCUCAAUCUUGUCGACUUUAUACGGUAGUCGAUUAGUUAUCGUACGCGUAUUAUAUGCAACGUUCUGUCUAGCCAUAACAUGGCUAGACUUCAAUCAUUUCCUUGCUUACUGGCAACGCAAAUUCUGUACACAUGAAGUGUAAGGCACGUAUCUCUCCGUGUACUAGCCAAUUAGUCCUAGAUCAGCCUGCGAUAUACAGCCUUUUGCUGCGAUUUGUGGAUACAUGUGUUCUCGAUUUGUCUUAGAGCACCAUAGCCAGUAAAGUGCACUACCAGUGGAUAUAGUCAUUUAAUGCCUAACCACGAUUUAUGUCGGAAAUAAAUAAUUCUCCUUUUUAUUUGUCCCAUUUUCGUUCCGUCCGCUUAACCCGAUGUGAGGAGCAUUCCUGUUUCAGUAUAUCUGGCGACGAACCAAGUUGCACAACGAUAGAAGAGAUUUUGGAACCUUAGGGGAAUGGCGAGUGUGGCUUACUGAAUUGCUACGUUGCAAUUGCUGACGGAGUAAGUUAGUUCUGGGGGGCUAUUGGGAUUUCGGCAGAUGUGAUGAAACAGUAGCAAUUGCACCAAGUUUAUAUUGCCCCUCUUGCUCACUUUACUUGCGUAUAUAUAUAAUGUAUAUAUAUAUAUAUAUGAAGCGACUUUCCGGCGAUUGAUGUGGGGUUCGCUAGUCUGGCGAUGUGUUUUAGGGGGAACGACACUGUACGGGGGCAAACGGUUUACGCUUUUACUACUUCCACUAUGGUUCCGGGUGUGUCGUAACUAUGCGGACUGAAAUGGAAAAAGGUUUUCCUUCUUGCACCGUCUUUAUCCUUAAGAUAGCACAAGAAGACUUAGCCAAAUUUACUGUACACGUUUUAAGAGCGCUACCGAUGGAUUAUAAUGGUAACUGACUGCAAACGAAUAGUCUAAUAUCAAGAAGUAAUCGUUUUAAUAGGGUAGAAAGUCGUUGAACAAUGAUUUUUGAAAAAACAAAGCAGGAUUGCGCCCGACAGCUAAAACGCCUGCUUUUAAUGUUGGCCAAAGAUACUGAAAGUAACGUCUGAUGCAACAAGGAACGUAUUCUACAUUCAGAACUGAUGCAUUGUUCGACGAAUUAUGUUUACCAUAUCCUUUGUGGAAUACCCCGGAAAAGAUAUACAGUGAAGCGAAGAUUGUACCAGCAAAUCAACAUAUAGAAAGCAAAAAUGAUCUUAUAUAUGCAAUGAAUAGCUCGUAUUAUGAACAAAGAGUUUACUUGACUGUUACAGAUUUGCAAUAAAAACAAUUGAUAUAACAAUCCGUGCA